UCAUAGCCAAAUAGAUAUAGCAUACUUAUACUAGCAGAUAUGAGACUUAGGCGACUCUGAACACACUGUACAACAUAAUGACUGAACCGAGAAGGGAGGGGAGUUUAGUUCGCUACUAUUGCACUGCUGGUAAUGGCAUGGAGCAUUUUCUAAUUGACGAGGUGAAGAAGAAGCUGGCAGCUGAAGAUGUGUGUCAGAUGCCAGGUAAAGUGUUGUUCAGCUCCUCUGCGGGGAUCGACAGAGUCAGUGAGCUGAAGGCUGCAGAAAGACUCUUCCUCCUGUUGAAACAAGACUCGCCUGUGUGGCUGUCAGCCCACACUAGCCAAGCAAAGGCAGCCUCUUUGCUGCAGUCCAGGCUGUUAGCUGACAGCAAUCAGUGGACCAGUGCUGUAAUAACAUGGAGCCGCCUGCAGGGGGAGCUGGCAGACAGAAGGACUGCUGUCAACACAAGCGCUACCCAGGAACUGACAAUGAAAAGGGAGGAGGGAAGUAGGAGUGAAGAGGAGGAGAAGGGCGAUGUGGAAUCCAGAAAAAGCACAGGAGCACAGAGGGAGGAGAGCAGGAACAGGAGGCUGAGAAGUGGCGGACAAAAUCAAGCACAGACACUGGAAAAGAAGAGAAAGAGGGAUGAUGAAGAUGAGGAGGAGGAAAUGAGUGGUGCAGCUCAGGACUCAAGUAGUGAGAAGAAAGUAGAGAAAGAGAUGACAUCUGAGGGAGAAAGGAGGAGAGAGGGAGAAGAGGAGAAAGGACUGGUUAGUAAGUUUAGUGGCUGCAGAAAGAAUGGUAGCAGCAGGAGGAUGGAUGACAUGGAGGAGGACGUUGCUGGAGAAGUUUUGGAAAAUGUGAACACGACAGGAGAAAGAGGUACGAGUCUGCUGCAACCCAGCAGGCUCAAACCAGAGCCUUGUUCUGUCCCGGUCUCUUUUAGGAUCAGCUGCAAGUGCACUGGAUCUCUGUCCCGUUACUUCAGCACACAGGAGGUGAGCAAAGUGAUUGGAGUGGGUCUGAGCAGACUGCUGGGCUGGAAGACUGAGCUGAAGAAUCCACAACUGGAGGUAAAUGUUUAUUUGAGCGAUGAUCACUGCCUGCUGGGGAUUCCACUCACCAGGUUACCUCUGGCUAAGCGGAGCUACAUCAGAACAACAGGACUGAGGUCUACUGUAGCCUGGGCUAUGGCCUCCUUGGCUCAGAUACAGCCAGGCUUCUGUGUCGUCGACCCAAUGUGUGGAGUGGGAACCAUCUUAAUAGAAGCAGCACAGGAGCACAAGGCUGUCCGUUUCCUGGGCGUGGACUUUGAUGAUGGACAGCUGCAGAAGGCCAAUGAGAACGUAGAGUUUGCAGAGCUGGGAAACAGGUUACACCUGCUGAAAGCUUCAUCUAUGGCGCUGCCUCUGCCCAGCGCCAGUGUAGAUGCUGUAGUCUGUGACCUGCCUUUUGGCAGGAAGUUUGGCACCAAAACAAACAUGGCUGCCAACCUGCCACUCAUCCUCACUGAGAUGGAGAGAGUCCUUUGUAUUGGUGGUACCCUGGUUCUUCUCCUGAGUCCUCAGCUAUCCUGUCUGCUGAAAAAACUCCUGGCACAGAAAGACACGAGACCAACAUCUCACCAGGAAACAAAACCUCAAACUGGGACACAAGUCUGCGCCUCUCCUUCUCUAUCUCCAACAAAGCAGCAGCCUUUUCAGAUCCAUCAGGAGGCCAAUCCCCCGCCUACCCAGAAAACAGACUCUCAGUCUGAGCUCCAACACAGUGUGCCUCCCUCUCUCUCCUCCCUGAAGCACCAGAAAACUCUGAGAGUCAGCUUAGGCUUGAUAGAUGGACUUAUCCAUAAAUAUGUCAAGAUUGGCACUUGAUCAGUGAUGGGGGGAGUUACACGUCAUAGUAAUUAGUUACACUUCGUUGUUACUUAUUCUGUAAAAUACUUUGAAAUGCCACAGUUAAUUAGAACUACCGUUAUUGUUUGACUGUUUGUUUCCCUGUUGUUUUUAUAUUACAAAUAAUAUGAAGAAAUAUAUUUUUUGAAACAACGGUGAAAGUUGUGGAUUGGAAAUGUUGACAU